UAAUGCGUUAACCUCAAAGUUCCACAAUUAACACCCUGAGAGAUGGCUUCAAUUCGCGUCUUCUCGCGAAAGCUCCCAACUUUCGCCUCAAUUUUCUUCCAAACCCGAACGAGAAAUCCUUCAAUACAUCGAAUUUCUUUCUUAACUCCAAAACCCUAUACUCUACAACACUUCAUUCCGCCGAAACCCUUCCCGGUGUUCGUCGCUCAUUUCCACGACGGGAGGCCAAGGGGUCCUCUCUGGAGAGGUAAGAAGUUGAUCGGAAAAGAGGCCCUUUUCGUGAUCCUGGGUCUCAAGAGGUUGAAGGAAGACGACGAGAAGCUGGGGAAGUUUAUAAAGACUCAUGUUCUUAGACUGUUGAAGCUAGACAUGUUAGCUGUUAUCGGCGAGCUUGAACGACAAGAAGAGACUGCGUUAGCUAUCAAGAUGUUCGAGGUGAUCCAGAAGCAGGAAUGGUACCAACCGGAUGUGUUUAUGUACAAGGACCUUAUAGUAUCCUUAGCGAAGAGUAAAAGAAUGGAUGAAGCUAUGGGUUUGUGGGAGAAAAUGAAGAAAGAGAAUCUCUUUCCGGAUUCUCAGACUUACACUGAGGUGAUCAGAGGAUUUCUGAGAGAUGGAUGUCCUGCUGAUGCCAUGAAUGUGUAUGAAGACAUGUUGAAGUCUCCUGAUCCGCCGGAAGAGUUGCCGUUUAGGGUUCUGUUGAAGGGGCUUUUGCCGCAUCCUCUUUUGAGAAACAAAGUGAAGAAAGAUUUCGAGGAGUUGUUCCCUGAGAAACAUGCUUAUGAUCCCCCUGAAGAGAUAUUUGGUAGAUGUUGAGAUCAGUUCGAGUCCUGUAAUUCACAAUGAAACAUGGGAAAGGUUUGCGACUGUUUUGAGUCCCUGACUUGUGUGCAUUGUGCAGACUCUGAACAGUUGUAACAG